AUGGCUCGCUCGUCGUUCUUCUAUAUGUCCAUGCACUUGCUUUUCUUGUACUUGUGGUCUCAUCCUAUUGGCGCUCACAAUUUUUCUCGUUUUGUCAAUCCUCUGUGUCUCGAGGAGGAAAUGUCUGCACUGCUGCAGUUUAAAGAGAGGUACGAAAUCGCCAAUGUUUCUGGUGAUCCUCUCGCUCAUCCCAAGACUCUAUUCUGGAAAAAUAGUCGGGAUUGCUGCUCCUGGGAUGGGAUCGAGUGCGACAAGAACACUGGCCAUGUAAUUGUUGUCGACCUGGGAAGUAGUUUUCUCUAUGGUUCUAUCGACAACAACAGUACCCUCUUUCAGCUUUCUCACCUUGAAAGGCUCAAUCUCAGCAACAAUCACUUCAACUACUCUCAAAUACCGGCCCGAGUUGGAGAUUUGUCCAGAUUGACUCAUCUUGAUCUCUCUUUUUCCGUUUUUUCCGGCUGGAUCCCAUCAGAAAUCUUCAAGCUGACAAGGUUGGUGUACCUUGAUCUAUGUUGCAAUCAGGAUCCAUAUACUCAUACAAGUUUGUUGGAAAUGAAACCGCCGGGCCUGAGAAGCCUAGCUCAAAAUCUGACAAGCCUGGAAGAUCUUUUCUUAGGUGUCGUCAACAUGUCGUCCGAAGUGCCCAACAAUCUGGCAAAUCUGUCUUCCCUAAGAAGGCUGAACAUGGAUGUGUGCAACCUAUACGGUGUAUUUCCAUCUGCCAUUUUGCAUUUACCGAAGCUGCGAUAUCUUGGGGUGGGUUUCAACAAAGAUCUCAAGGGCCAAUUGCCUGACUUUAACUCUAGUAGUCUUCUUGAACAUCUGCGACUGCCAGUCACGAGCUUUUCCGGGGAGCUACCCGCUUCAAUCGGUAAUCUUCGCUCCUUGCGGAUAUUGAAUCUUAAUUCCAACACGUGCAAUUUGACAGGUUCGCUACCCAUGUCAAUUGGAAACCUUCCUUCAUUGAGCUACCUCGACAUAGCUGGUUGCAAAUUUUCUACAUCUAUCCCGGCAUCAUUUGCUAAUCUUAGCAACCUUGAAUACCUAGCUGUCACAAUGAACCCAUUCACCCCCCAGUCCAUUUCCUCUUUGUCUUGGGUUUUUAAGAAUAAAAAGCUCGCCACUUUGGGCCUUGGGAUGAUCAAUUUAUAUGGCAAGAUCCCACCUUCAAUAGGAAACUUGUCUCGGCUUGUGGACUUAAGCUUGGUUGGCAACCAAUUGAGCGGUACCAUCCCAUCUCAGCUCGUGAACCUCACUCAGCUGAAUAAUUUGUGCCUCCGAACCAAUCAACUAUCGGGUUCUCUACCGUCUUGGCUUAUGAACAUGACUGGACUUGUCACACUUGACCUUGCGGUCAAUAAAUUCGAUGGUGAGAUACCUUCAUCAAUUUCUCAACUCCAAAAUCUCCAAUUGCUCUUCCUUGUUAGAAACAACUUUAGCGGUACCGUUGAGCUAGACAGCUUUCUCAAGCUCAAACAAUUGCAAGUGCUGCAACUAUCAUCUAACAGGCUAUCAUGCCGCCCGAGUAGCGCGAAUGUUAUUCUUCCUCAGCUUAGUGUCCUAGGAUUGUCUUCAUGCAAUUUGAGUGAGUUUCCAGCAUUCUUACAAAACCAAGAGCAAAUGAAUUGGUUGGACCUGUCGGAUAACAACAUUAGGGGAGAAGUGCCCUUUUGGGUGUGGAACGGAAGUUUUAAUAGCAUGCAGUACCUGAAUCUCUCUCAUAACUUCUUAACUGGUCUCGAUCGAUAUUACCCAUUCAAUCCUUUAUAUAUGUACACGUUGGACCUAUCUCAUAACAUCUUGAAAGGACCACCCCAUGAAGCACCGCCGUCCAUAUUGUACUAUUUAGUAUCCAACAACAUGCUGACGGGAGCAUUGCCGCCAUGGAUCUGCAAUUUGAGUUCAGCAAUCACGCUAGACUUGUCUUCUAACGAUUUGACUGGUGAGCUUCCGGUUUGUUUGGGCAAUAUCAGCGAAUCUCUCAUGAUAUUGAACCUAAAAGGCAACAAUUUCCACGGAAGCAUUCCGGAGGUGUCGGUGAGGGUGACGCAACUGACAAUGAUUGAUUUAAGUGACAACCAGUUGCAAGGCAAGUUACCGAGGUCCUUAGCCAAUUGCAAAAUGCUCGAGUUCAUCAACUUUGGGAACAAUUAUAUCAUGGACACCUUCCCGUCAUGGUUGGGAUCUCUACCGGAGCUUCAUGUCCUUAUUUUGCGAUCCAAUAAAUUCCACGAUGUCAUAGAGAGGCCUAAAUCUAGUUCCACAUUCCUUAAGCUGCAUAUACUUGACCUUUCUAAUAAUGCAUUUGACGGUAAGUUGCCCAUGGAAUUCUUUCGGUCUUGGAAUGCCAUGAAAUCUAAGAUGGGCAACUUUACAUACAUGUACAAAAACCUACAACCAUCAGCAUACCAUAUUUACACCUACUAUGGCAAUUAUGAUUUCUCCAUGACGGUGAUUUACAAAGGGCUUAAUUUGUAUUACCCAAAGAUAUCAAAAGUCUUCACGAUCAUCGACCUCUCCAGCAAUUUCUUCAAAGGAGAGAUCCCCAGUGUCAUAGGUGAUCUCAAAGGAUUGCAGGGAUUGAACCUUUCCAACAAUUUCUUCACUGGUCACAUCCCAUCAUCGUUAGGGAAUCUCACUGCACUUGAGUCAUUGGACCUUUCUAUGAACAAACUCUCGGGACAGAUUCCCCAGAAUCUUACAGAACUCGGGUUCCUUUCUUUCCUGAACAUGUCUUACAACAAUCUGACUGGAUCUGUGCCGAGAGGGAAGCAGUUCGAUACGUUUUGGAAUGAUUCUUUUGAAGGGAACCCGGGAUUGUGUGGGGAAUUCAUAUCCAGGAAAUGUCGAGAUUCAGGAGAUGCCUUAGGACAACCUCCAACCCGCCAAGAAGAAGACUUGGGAUCGCCAAUUGAACUCGAUUGGAAAAUUGUUCUUAUGGGUUAUGGGAGCGGCUUAGUGAUUGGAGUGGUCAUCGGAAAUGCAUUCAUCUCCUGGAAACAUGUUUGGUUUGGAGGAAAUUCUAGAAGAAGGCGACGGCCUAGUCAGAGGCUGCCUAGGAGGAGAAGGAACUCUUGGUCAGGCAAGCUUUUCAAUUUCUGUAGGUAUUAG